AAGGCUUUCCACAUGAGUGCAUUAAGGUCUUCAUCUCAACUGUGAUAGUCUGAGUCGAGUUGCCUCCCUCAACAACAGAAGUGUUGUGCCGAUGUUUGCACACGGUGCUGAAGAUCACAAGGCUCCGCUACUGUGGGGAUGGUCGCUUGUCUGGAGUGACUCCACUGACUCCAGUCAAGACCUCGAGAAAACGUUGACGGACUCGCUAUGUUCAAGAAGAAGGAUCCAGAGAGAACUCGCCUGGUGACCGAAUCCAGAGCCGGAUAUGUCAUCACUGGAAGCCUGGCGGGUCGCAUCGUUUCGAACAGUGAGGGCAACAUCAUGCACUGUCAUGACAACAGCCGAGCGCAGGAAGAUCGGGAGCGAGAGAAGAAGGUUGCCAGUAAGCGACUGUAUGUCGUCUCAUUCAUCUGCCUGCUUUUUAUGACGGGUGAAAUUGUGGGGGGUUAUUUUGCCGGCAGUCUUGCAGUAAUGACUGACGCCGCUCACCUCCUGGUUGACCUCACAAGCUUCAUCAUCAGCCUCUUAUCCCUCUGGCUCUCCUCCAGACCAGCCACCCACAAGCUCAGCUACGGGUGGCAUCGUGCAGAGAUUUUGGGAGCGCUGCUGUCAGUCUGCACCAUCUGGCUGGUGACUGGUAUUCUGGUCUACCUGGCGGUGGAGCGUCUCAUCAGCAACGACUACACCAUCGAUGGCACAGUCAUGCUGAUAACCUCCGGCUGUGCGGUUCUGGCAAACAUUGUGAUGGCUCUGACCCUGCACCAGUCUGGCCACGGUCACAGUCAUGGAGGACUCUCACAUGGCCACAGUCAUGAGAAGGACACACGAAACUCCCACGUCUCUCCUCAGUCAGUUUCCAAUAUGGACUGUUUGGAUGUGGAAGUACCUGGAUAUGAGGCUAGGCGAAAAGCUCAACAGGCCAAUGCCAGUGUUCGGGCAGCGUUUGUCCAUGUGGUGGGAGACCUGCUGCAGAGCAUCAGUGUGCUGAUCAGUGCCAUCAUCAUCUUCUUCAAGCCUGAAUACAAGAUGGCUGACCCCAUCUGUACCUUCCUGUUCUCCGUGCUGGUCUUAUGCACCACCUUCACCGUGCUGAGAGACAUCCUGGUCGUUCUGAUGGAAGGUGCUCCAGCAGGGGUGAGCUACAGUGAGGUCCGGGACGGACUAUUAGCAGUGAAGGGAGUGACAGCGAUCCACAACCUUCACAUUUGGGCCCUCACUGUGAACCAAGCAGUGCUAUCUGCACACGUGGCCAUCGAUGACACCGUGGAUGCCCAGACGGUUCUACGAGAGAUGACGCAAGCCUGUUUCUCGUCUUACAACUUCCAUUCGGUCACGAUUCAAAUGGAGCGGCAAGCUGACCUCAAGCCUGGAUGUACUCUCUGUGAGGAUCCCAAAGUUUAGGCCACACCAUCAUUCAUCUGAUCAGGAGAAAGAGCAGCAGCUCUCCUGGCCGCACCUUUUUAUAGUUGGGUUUGAUAGACAAGAGGGUUAAUGUAGUCUAGAGACUUUAUAUCUGUGUUUUAGUGUGUGCUGUUGUUUCCAGUUUUUCUCUGCAUCAACCAGUAUUUUUGAGUAGAACUAAACCUGAUCAACUCUUGAAUGUAAAUAAAUAAAUAAAUAAAGGUGCUUCAAACACCUGAGUAAAUUUACUUGAGUGCCCACACACGUGCAACACCUGACUCCCAUGUUUUAGUGAUGCAUUUUAUUCUCACUUCAACUCGUUGAAUAACUGUUGGUUAAAUACUUGUAUGUUUCAAUAAAGUGAA